AUGUUCACAAAAGAGAAAGAUAGCGAGUGUUGCGUUGUUUUUGUGUCCAACACAAAACAAAAGAAGCUCAAAGAAGCUGAAGAACGGGGAUACUGGAGCAAUAAAGCUGAGUUUAUUCUCACUGUUAUGGGUGCCAUCAUCGGACCGGGCAACGUGUGGAGAUUUCCUUACCUGUGCUACAGAAACGGCGGAGGUGUAUUCUUCAUCCCGUACAUUUUAUUCAUGGUCACGUGCGGGAUUCCCUUGUUCUUCCUCGAGACCGCCAUGGGGCAAUACACUAACCAAGGGGGUAUUACAGCUUGGAAAAAGAUGUGUCCACUUUUUCAAGGAAUUGGCUAUGCGAGUCACCUUAUUAUUGCAUUCGGCGCAACUUCCUAUAUUACCCUGAUCGCGUGGGCAUUCUUUUAUCUGUUCUCCUCCUUCAGCGCGGAUUUACCUUGGGCAACGUGUGGAAACGAGUGGAACACAGACUCAUGCAUGGACUCCAGCAUUGCAAAUCAGAGUUUGAACAACGUGACACAGAGGCAGAACACCACUCUGCCUGUUUUGGAGUUCUGGGAGCGCAGAGUGCUGAAGAUCUCUAGUGGUAUUGAAGAGGUAGGCAGCUUGAGAUGGGAGCUGGUGCUGUGUCUCAUCCUGGCGUGGGUCAUCUGCUACUUUUGCAUUUGGAAGGGGAUCAAAUCCACUGGGAAGGCGGCCUACUUCACAGCAACCUUCCCCUAUGCAAUGCUGCUGAUUUUGCUGAUACGCGGUGUCACGCUGCCGGGGGCAAUGGACGGAAUUAUUUACUACAUCUACCCUGAUUUAUCCCGCCUAUCAGAUCCACAGGUGUGGUUGGACGCCGGCACUCAGAUUUUCUUCUCUUAUGCCAUCGGCCUCGGGUUCUUGACAUCGCUUGGCAGUUACAAUACGUACAACAACAAUUGUUACAAGGAUUGUUUCUACCUGUGUCUGCUAAACAGCGUCACAAGUGUUGUGGCAGGAUUUGCCAUUUUCUCAGUCUUGGGAUUUAUGACCUACGAGCAAGGAGUCGAUAUCGCAGAAGUGGCAGAAUCAGGUCCAGGGCUGGCUUUCAUUGUUUACCCGCGUGCUGUAGCUAUGAUGCCUAUGCCACAAGUGUGGGCAGUGUGCUUCUUCCUCAUGAUCAUCCUACUUGGCCUAGAUAGUCAGUUUGUCGGACUGGAGUGUCUGAUGACGUCACUGGUCGAUCUCUACCCAUCUUAUCUACGUCAAGGCUGCAGACGUGAGCUAGUAUUGCUGGCCAUAUGCACCGUCUCCUUUCUGCUAGGACUUUCCCUGGUGACUGAGGGAGGCAUGUACCUACUCCAGCUGGUGGACUUCUACGUAUGCAGCGGGACCACCUUGCUCUUGCUUUCCCUUUGCCAGUCCGUUUGCAUUGCUUGGGUCUAUGGGGCAGAGCGUUUCUAUGGGAACAUCACAGAUAUGAUCGGUUAUCGUCCAUCUCCGCUAAUGAAGCUGUGCUGGUGCUACUUCACCCCUUGUUUAUGUUUUGGCACCUUCAUCUUCUCCAUCGUCAAAUACUCUCCCUUGAAGUUCAGCAGCACUUAUGUUUAUCCACUGUGGGCCAACAUCUUUGGCUGGUUCUUGGCCACUAGCUCCCUCUCCGCAAUUCCUAUUUUUGUGCUCUACAAACUAGUACACAGCGAAGGCACCCUGUAUCAGCGGUUUAUGGCGCUCUGCAUUCCUGAAGAUGAUCUGAAAUGUCUUUCGCAGCUGGGAGAUAAGGUCGUUGCACCAAUCACCGAACUGAAACCUUUGUCUUGUGUGGAGGAAGUUACCAAAUGCCCAAGUGGGUAUAUUCAAUAA